AUGGCCAAAACACUUUUACACAACUAUCCAAAAGGCUACUUUGAGCCCAUCGUAUUCGACUCCAAGCCCACCGUCGGCGGGAUAUGGGCUGUAACCAGACCAGAUGGCAGCAGCACUUCUAAGAAUCUAGGACCGUCUGACUUUGUGGAUUGUUUUAUGCGCACAAAUUUGAGUCGGUUUACUGUUUCGUUUUCGGAUCAUUCUUGGAAUGAAGAAAACCAAAGUAAUGAAGGAAAUGAGGAAGAUAUGUUUCCGCAGGCGUGGAAGGUUGGGGAGUAUUUGAAGAGUUAUGCAAAUCGGUUCUUGCCACGAGAGGCGUUGAGAUUGUCUAGUCGCGUGCGGAGCACGCGGCGGAAUCAGAAUGACAAUGAUAAUACUCCUAUGAUGGGAAAGUGGACGGUCGAAUGGACCGAUCAACGCCACACCGAUGGAGAGAAGCAUCUCUCAGAAUCAUUCGAUUAUCUUGUUGUUGCAUCUGGAUAUUUCAGUCGUCCUUAUAUCCCAUCCAUUACCGGUCUGGACGAGUUCCCCAAGGACAGGAUCAUACAUAGCUCCUCACUGAGAUCAAACAGUCAAAUCCUGGAUAGUCUCGGGGAAGAUGAUGGCAAGAUCCUAGUAGUCGGUGGUAGCAUGUCCGGUGCCGAAGCUGCAACUUCAAUCGCCUUGGAUUUAUCAUCUACAAGAAAAGACUCGAAGACAACCAGAUCCGUACAUCACAUCACCACCCGCCCAUUCUGGGCUGUCCCGACUUACCUUCCUGCAAACGACCAACCAGGCUCCUUCCUACCGCUGGAUAUAGUAAUGUACGACCUUGCCCGAAGGCCACCGGGAGAUAUUCAAUAUGCCUUGGGCCCAGUGACAACCGAAAGAGCGAAUAUGGUUCAUGCAUAUUUUGAGUCGUUGAUUGGAUCAGACCAAUCUGAUAUGGCAGAAAGGCUGGCACUUAGAGCAAAAAGUGAGGACAGAAAUAGUGCGCCCUGGGUAGCUGUUACGGAUUAUUAUCCAGGGUUUGUGCGUUGUGGUGAUAUUGUGCCUACUCUGGGACGAGUAUCGGCAGCUCAUUGGACAACUGCAGAAGCAGAAACGAAAGGAGUUGUCGAGAUUGAACAGAAUGAUGGAAAUACGGUGAAACUCGACAAUGUCGCUGCAAUCGUAUUUGCAACGGGCUUCACACCGUUCGAAUCUCUUUUCUUUCUGCCAGAUGACGUCUUGCGAACAUUGGAAUACACCGAAAAUGACACCGUCUUCCCUAUUGUACUGGAUGAAAAGAGCGUUCGGAACCCUGACAUUCCCGACCUGGGUUUCGUCGGCAUGUAUCGCGGUCCUUAUUGGGGUGUCAUGGAAAUGCAGGCGCGAAGUCUGGCUCGACAAUGGAGUGGUCAUAUUGACACCAACAACGAUACUACCAAAGUCAAAUAUCUAAGGACAGCUUCAUCAUCACGCGCUCAGUUUCCCAUGGGCGAUUAUGUCGGGUUAAUGGAAACGUUUGCACGAGAGCUGCAGAUUCCGCGCAAGCCAAUUCAAGAUAAUAUCACCGAGAGAACUGGGGCUGUGAUUCCUGCAAGAUACUGUAUGCCUACAAACACGGACGUGAAUAGUAACAACAACAGCAGCAGCAGCAGCAGCAACAACAUGAUCAACUCCUUACAGAACCUGCUCUUGGACCCAACCGAACUGUCCUCAGCCCACAAAGAACGACAGCGAGGAUUUUCAAAGGCGAUAUUGAGAGCUUUGCAUGGUCACUGGCGAUAUGAACGAGAGAUAUUACCGGAAACGACAACCAUGACGGGUCAAGCAUCGAUUCAUCUCCAAAAAGCCUCUUACAACGAAGAUGCCGGCUUUACGACGGAGUUUGUAUACGAGGAAGACUCUAGUACGAUGCAGCAGGACGACCCACAAGUUACCUUUCGAAUUUCGGAAGAAGAUGGAGGGAUUUAUACAUCAAGACAGGACGCUACAGUCGGCAGAUUCAUAUUCGUCAAUGUUGAGACAAUCAAUGACGAUGAUAGCAAUGCACCAUAUCAAUACCGCCAUUUUGCAAAGGAGUUUGAUAUGACGUCGUCUGAUAUUGAGAGAAAGUACAUCUUCAAUUUGAAAGGUGUGACUAUAACUUCAUGGGUAACAAAGGUUGAGGAUAAACGAACAAACACGGCCACCGUUACAAUAUAUAGUCGACAAACGGACUCAUCUGCAAUAUAA